AUGUCCGAAAAGGCUCCUCUUCUACAUUACCGGCUCACCACCACGGAGCCGAAAAAUGUUUCGCGACACAGUGGGACAAAGUCGGGCAGAGACGGCCACCGGUCUCGGGACAAAACCGCCCGGAAGCUGGGAGUGGUGUUUGGCGUGGUCAUACCAACUUUACUGUCCAUGUUCAGCGUCGUUGUGUUCCUGCGAAUUGGAUUUGUCGUGGGUCAAGCAGGGCUCUACCAGUCCAUUGCCAUGUUCUUGGUGGCUUAUGUUAUCAUCACAAUGACCGUGCUUUCUGUCUGUGCCAUCUCCACGAAUGGGGCCUUAGACGCUGGAGGUGCCUAUUACAUGAUCAGCCGAGCCCUGGGUCCAGAGUUUGGUGGCAGCAUUGGGAUCAUGUUUUUCUUCGCCAAUGUAUGCGGCAGUGCUCUCUAUGUUUUGGGUCUGGUCGAGGCCGUCAUGUCUUCCUUUGGCAUCCCAGAAGGUAAGGUCCAAUGCGACAGUCUCCAUCAGGUGUUGCCUUCAGGUUACUGGUGGUCUCUGCUUUAUGGCACUGUCCUGCUCUUCCUGUGUUUCAUUGUCUGCUUGGUGGGAGCCCACAUCUAUGCCAAAGCCACCUUUAUUAUCUUCAUCAUAGUCACAACAGUCCUGGCUUCUAUCUUCAUCAGUUUCUUCAUUGUGGGGCCCACUGCAGUGAUUUUGCCAGAUAGUUCUGUUUUAAACAGCACCAGCCUGAGCACUGCCAAUUAUUCUGGCUUCCAGCUCCAAACCCUGAAGGACAACCUGUUGUCCAGUUACACAGUAGACUACACCACUGGUGCCAUGAUGAGUUUUGCCUCAGUGUUCGCUGUCAUGUUCAACGGCUGCACUGGAAUCAUGGCAGGCUCCAACAUGUCAGGGGACCUGAAAAACCCCAGCUAUUCCAUCCCAAGAGGAACGCUUACAGCUGUUCUCAUAACUUUCAUCACAUACAAUGUGCUUAGUCUGCUGGCUGCGUGGUCCUGUGACCGUCACCUUCUCCAAAAAGACUACAGUUUCCUGGGAGACAUCAAUAUUUGGCCGCCCCUAGUGACAAUUGGGGUUUACUCUUCCACUGUGUCCGCUGCUAUGAGUAACCUUAUAGGAGCUUCCAGGAUCCUGUACGCCCUGUCCAAAGACAACCUGUUUGGUGGUGUCCUGGCUCUGGUGAGGAAAACAUCUCGGAGCGGGAACCCCUGGGCCUCAGUGCUUGUCUCCUGGUUGCUUGUACAGGUGGUGCUGUUUGCUGGUAAAUUGAACACCAUUGCUGGUAUUGUCACUAUCUUCUUCUUGUUGGUCUAUGCUGCUGUGAGCCUGGCCUGUUUGGCUCUUGAAUGGGCUUCUGCACCAAACUUCAGACCCUCAUUUCGUUGUUUUACGUGGCAUACCUGCACACUGGGCAUUCUUGGCUGCCUGGUCAUGAUGUUCCUGAUCAAUGCCAUUUAUGCAUUUGCCAGCAUAGCCUUUAUGCUGCUGCUCAUAAUGCUUAUCCACUACCUUGGGCCAAUCAGCAACUGGGGCUACAUCAGCCAGGCUCUCAUCUUCCACCAGGUGCGCAAAUACCUAUUGAUGUUGGAUGUGCGCAAGGAUCAUGUGAAGUUCUGGAGGCCUCAGGUACUGCUGGUGGUGGCAAACCCUCGCAGUUGUACAGGUCUCAUGACUUUCAUUAAUGACCUGAAGAAGAGUGGCCUCUAUGUCCUGGGACAUGUAAAGCUGGGUGUACUGGAUGUGUUGCCCUCUGAUCCUCUGCAGAGCAGUUAUGACUCCUGGCUGUCUCUCGUGGACCAUCUAAACAUCAAGGCAUUUGUCAACCUUACCCUGUCUGACUCUGUAAGACACGGAGUUCAAAACCUGCUUUUCAUCACAGGCUUUGGGGGAAUGAGGCCAAACACCCUGGUCUUGGGUUUCUAUGAUGACUGCACCCCUCAAGACCACCUCCAAGGUAAAAUUCUCCUAUCUACAGGCUAUGGCUUGGAUGCAGUAAGUCCAUCCAUAGACCCCCGAGAGCAGCGGUCUCCCUGCUUCCCCAGUGUGCGUGGUGCUGAGGAACCCAAAGAUCUUCAGGAGGAGGAAUAUGUGUCAGUGAUUGCUGACGCUUUAAAAAUGGGUAAGAAUGUGACGCUGGCUCGUUACUUCAAUCAGUUCAACCGGGAGGAGGUGUUGGGGUCAGGAAGAAAGGUCAGGGGCCACCGCAGCAUGACGGGUCCCUUCGUUGACGUGUGGCCUCUGAAUCUACUUCGACCAGACUGCAGUGGUUAUGUGGACAUCUGCUCACUGUUCCUGUUGCAGCUGGCCGGUGUGCUUUGUGAGACCCGGGCCUGGAGCCAGGCAAGACUCCGCCUCUUCCUGUGUGUGGAGGCCGGUUGCAGUCUGAAGGUAGAGGAGGAGACAAAGCUCCAAGUGAUGCUUAAGGAGCUCAGGAUCUCAGCUCAGGUGCAAAUGGUGACAUGGGACGAGGUGGUCUCUCUGCACUGGCAGAGGCAAGGAGGAAGGGAGAGAGAGAAUCCGGUAGAAUCUGCCCAGAAUGAGGACAGGAGGGAUGGAAACGAGGAAGAGGGAGCUGAGAAGGAAGAUGAUAUCCAACACUUCCCCAAUAAUGCUGCUCAGCUGACCGAUGAAUAUAUCUGUGCUGUCAACAGUUUGAUUCGCAGACAUGGUGCCCCUCAGCCUGCUGUACGUUUCCUGUAUUUGCCACGUCCACCGGCCGACACAAGCCGUUACCGUGCCUACCUGCACCAUGUGGACCUGUUGAGUCGAGACCUGGGCCCAACAUUGCUCAUUCACGGGGUCACUCCGGUGGUCACAACUGACCUCUAA